AUGGCACUUUCUCGACUCUUCCCACUCAACCCAGUCUUCUCUCACCCACGUCGACCUUUCGAUUGUCUCGGUAAAGGAUGGGCCAUUGGCGAGAUAUUUUUACCACUGACCCUGUGCGGACUCGACAUCGUCGGCAUAUGGAGCGACACCGUCGUACGUCAUGUCAUUGUGCAACCCAGCGUAGAAUACGAGCCGGAAAUCAGGCAGCUAACGGCCAUGGUAGUGCUCCCCACCUUCACCGACGAUGAAGUUUCCUCUACGUGCCCCUCUAAGGAGGUAACUAGGAUUGCGCUUCGACUUAAAUACCAGAUCGAGCAGGUUAUAUCGUGUGAGGUCGAUGAGGAUGCCCUCACCGCUCCCAACAGUCGGAUUAUCACCAAGAAUGUCAUCCAGACCGCUUGUCAGGCGGGUGGCGAUGAGUUACGGGCUUGCGUGCCCUUCUGCCUGCUCGUAUGCUUACGUUGGUUCAAGAUCCAGGCUCUGGAAGAGCUCUGGGAUUCAGACCUGCAUGAACGUCGAGCUCUUGCAUGUGAAGUCAUCGCGAAGCGCAUAAUUGAGAGCGAGGAAGAUCAAGAUGCCCUCCUUGCGCAGGUCUUGCUGAAACGGUAUUCACUCUUUCUUGAUGGCGAGGAGACCGUGCCAGCCAAUGUCAUUGAGCGCGCGGUCGACCUCCAUGCCCUCAGGGUGAUCGGGUCUUCUGGAUACCAGAAGUGUAUCCGCUAUCUCUGGAAUGGUUGGUACUGCCAGCAGGAAGGUAAUCCCACCAACUUCGUGCCCUACCAGGAGAGGGACAAUACGAGUUUCAAGGUCCAUUUCCAUCCCGAUCGUAUGCGGACACCUCUUUAUCAAAACGUUUGUCAGAUUUUCUUUUCUCUGGUGUAUCUCGGUCUGUAUACCCAGGUCAUUAACACGGUCAAUCCCUCUGGUGAUUUGGAUGUGGUCGAAGGUGUUCUCUAUGUGAUGACUCUCGCAUUUAUUUGUGAUGAGAUCGCCAAGGUCUGGAAGGUCGGCUGGCAUUACAUCGAUUUCUGGAACGCUUUCAACUCUACCCUCUAUUCUCUCCUGGUGGUUUCCUUCGUUCUACGAGUUGUGGCUCUGGCUCAUUCCCCGUCGGUGCAUGAUGCCGAACGGCAGAAGUUCAAUGAGCUCAGUUACAACUUUCUAGCCUUCGCAGGACCCAUGUUCUGGAUGCGCAUGAUGCUCUAUCUCGACUCAUUCCGGUUCUUCGGUGCUAUGUUUGUGGUGCUACGGGUCAUGAUGAAAGAGAGCUUGAUAUUUUUUGCUCUUCUCUUUGUCGUGCUGGCGGGUUUCUUCCAAGCUUUCAUUGGUAUGGCUCAAGUGGACAAUGACAUUCCGAUCACGAGAAGCAUCAUCCAGGGUAUGGCGAACAGUAUCAUGCAGAGUCCGGAGUUCGGCACUUUCGAAGACUUUGCUUUUCCUUUCGGCAUCAUUCUCUACUACCUUUUCAACUUCGUGGUGAUGACGAUCUUGCUAAAUAUCCUCAUUGCGUUGUACAACAGUGCCUAUGAGGACAUCUCUGGAAAUGCCAUUGAUGAAUACAUGGCCGCCUUUGCGCUGAAGACCAUGCAAUUUGUCCGGGCUCCUGACGAAAACGUCUUUAUACCUCCUGGGGCUAAUGUCUACAAUGAAGCCUUCAACUUGCUGGAGAUUAUCUUCCUAGUUCUCCCCUUCGAGUGGUGGUUGCCACGGCAGUACUAUGCCAGCUUGAACGAUGUGAUCAUGGGCAUUAUCUACUCGCCUAUUCUGCUGAUUACUGCAUUCCUGGAGGUCCGGGACGCGAGGCGGAUCAGAUGGAACCGGCGCCGUGGGGAAGAGGAUGACGAUAGUGUCCAGGAGUGGGAGCAUGCUGCUGAGGAGGUGGACUUCGAUAUCGACGAUGCCUGGAGGCAGUCCGUCCAGGAAACUGCGCCGAACCUCCAUGUGGAUAGUACCACGGCCGAGCUCGUGCAGUUGAAGGAGCAGGUGAUGGCUUUGACUGAGACCGUGCGGCAGUUGACGGAGGAGAAAGCUAGACGGGGCAUGAUGAUUGGGGAGUCGAGCUCAACAAUGCUGGACGAGGAUUAG